GCGGGGCAGGGCUGCCGGGCUGUGUGUCCGUCCCUCUCGCCGCGGCUGCCAGCCCCGCCGGCACCAUGGGCUGCUGCUGCCGCCUUCUCCUCGCCCUCCUCCUCCUCCCGGCAGGGCUGGGUGAUGAUUCCACAGCAUCCCCCCUUGCUCCCACCAGCCCUCCCUUCUCCUCUGAGGGGAUCCUAGAGGUGCCAGUCUUCGAGGAUGCUGCUGUCCCCACGCCAGCUCCUGGCCAGCCCCUGCUGUCCGUGUCCACAGGACCUGCUGAAGACAGGAUGUCCUCUGGGCCCCUGGAGAGGGAUGACCACAAUGCCACCACCACAGCUGCACUGUCCCCCACUCCUGUCCCUGCCACCAUGAGCUCCAUCACCACAGCAGGCAGCCCACGUGUAGCCUCCAACCCCAGCUUGGUGCCAUCCACCUCGGAGACAACCCCAGACCUUUGGACAGCAAAUGCCACCAGCUCGACAAGGGGCACAACAGAUCUGGGGGCAGCUCCCAGCCCCCAGGGUAUACCUGCAUCACCCUCCUCCUCCCUGCCCACUGCUGACCUGUACUCAUCCCCUGGGACAUUCUUGUCCCCAACACCUGUCCUCAUGAAGCCCAGCACCACCCAGACACCAGUGCUGACCAAGGAUGUCCCUUCUGUGGGGACAAUGCCUGUGGCAUCAGGCCUGGCCACGGAGCCAAAGUUCCCCCCAGUGACUGUGAUGAGCUCCACUGCAGCCGAAGCCACAGCCAACAGCAAAACCACUCUGCCCACUGGAGUCAUCAUGGAAGAGGUGCCACGGGCCUUGAGCACAGGGAGCAUCGUGGCCAUAACUAUGACAGUCAUCGUGGUGGUGGUGCUGGUUUUUGGAGCAGCAGCAUGCCUCAAGAUCAGGCACUCCUCCUACGGCAGGCUGCUGGAUGACCACGACUAUGGCUCCUGGGGCAACUACAACAACCCUCUUUAUGAUGACUCCUAGCAGGAAUGAUGAGAAAAAUAACCAAAUCCUUAAUUUAUAAGUGCUUCUGCAGCAGCCUCUCCACUGGUGAGGAGAUGUCCAGGCACCGAGCCGCUGCUGAGGGCUGGAUGAUGGUGGGUCCAGCAGGUGACAGGCAACUGGAGGGUGGGUGGGAGUGUGGCACCCACAAUAAACUUGAAUGUUGGCCUUUGCGUAGGAAA